AAAAUAUCUUUACGCGAUAUGAAUAUUAAAUUUAUAAUAUUAUAAAAAUUUUAAAUUAUGGGACGCAAAGAAAUCAACAAAUCACAAACAGAUAUUGAAAAAUAUAGGAAGCAACUGGGAAAGCAAGAAUUUAAGGGCAGAAAUAAAAGAAAUGUAUUAUCAAUAAAAGCUAAAGCAGAAGCAAGACGACAGGAAUCACCUCUGAAGACUGGUAUUGUAACCCUUGGCAUCUUGGUUGGCUUGUUAACAGCAGUCUAUUUCUUUUUUUAUUUUGGACUUGCUAAAUAAUUUUUUUUUUAUAAUUUUUUCAAAUAUGUUUUAUGUUGACUUUUCUUGUUAAAGUAAUUUAAAACAUUUUAUAUAUCAGUUUUUUGUUUUAUUUUGAAUUUGGUAGCUUUUGGUUAUCUUUUACUUCUAUGAAAACUAAGGGAAAAUGUUUAGUUUUACUUUUUAAGUUUUAUAGAACAAAUAAAAUUAAAUAUUAAGGAAAUAAUUGUAAUUUUCAAUAAAUAAAUGUUUGUAUUUUUAAUAUUUAUGAAUAUAUAAGAUAUGUGAAUCUUUAAUAGAUAUGAGGUCCUAUUUGUUGUUUUUUGGGAUUCCCUUCUCUUUUUUGCUUGGAAUAAACAUUUUGUCUAAAUUUAUAUUUAGUUUUGCUAGGUGCAACGGUAUGUUUAUUAUUUAUUUAUUUUUUUACUAUUUAGCUUAAAUAAAUUAUAUUUAAAUGUAUUAUAUUUCAAAUAUUUGUGUGCGUGAUUUGAUUUGACUAUUUCAAAUA